UGGUGCUGCUGUUGCUGUUGUUGUUGUUGCUGUUGCUGUUGCUGUUGUUGGCCUUCGAAGAACCUGCCUUUUGGCAGCAGAGAAGUCAGUUUGCGGUGGCGAUGGUUAUGCUGCUCAGUUUGUUGGUGCUAAGGCGGUUAUUGUAGAACCGUAAUCCCCCACUAGCCUGUAUGUAGUAACGGGGUUUUGCUGUGGCGAUGAACUGUGGGAUAUGUGGUAGGCAAGUCGAGGGCAAGUGACCGGCUUUUUAGUUUCAUUUUAUAGUUCGUUUCUGCUCAUGGAAAGUGCGCGCUUAUGUGCCUACCUGUCUGUCUGUCUGUGUAACGAGGCCGUUGUUGGGUCGUGGAAGCUGCUAGCAGCGCUCAACCACCGCGGUUGCCGUCUGCGGUGUCGAUGAGUUUUUCACCGUCACCGCUGCUACUGCUGCAGCUAUUCGGUGUGUAAAAGUGCCAGUAUUUGUAUUGUGGAGUAAAAGUGUGGUGAACAAGUGUGCGCUUACAGUAUAUCAGUGAUCGAGUAAAGAACUAAGAGACAACGCGACGGCAGAACUCGUUACACCGGGGGGGCUUAGCUAGAACGGGGCAGUGCCGGAGGCCCCUGCACAGAAGUGUGCCGUACGUACUCAAAGAGGGUUAGAACCUGAGAACGCGACUCCUACUAUCGUGUUGCCACUGUCAAGUCGCCAAUUUCCAUUACUCGACGUAUGGUUUUCUUCUACUAGCAACGACUACUGCUUCUAGUUAUACCAGAAUUGAACUCUGGCUACGUAAUAUAAGAAUCUAAGAGCGAAAACUUCGCUUAUGAAAUAAUAAUUGUAUGGUCCUCUACAGCACAAGACGUUUGUGGCGAAACGAGAAAUAAAAGUUUUCAUAGAGAGUGGAAAGCGCAACUGACCGGCGAACGUUGUCGUUAGAAAUCUGCUUACGGAAGAGAAAAAGUAAGCGUUCACUUACGGAAGAAAAGUGGCGAAGAGUAGUUGACGAUGGCCGCGCAGCAGGAACUGUUCGACCUCGAGCUUCACGAGGAUGGAGCACUGGAGGAGGACAUCGAUGACGAUGCUAUUGACAUGGAAGGAAUGGAAACGGUGACGAAGGAGAACCCCAACACGAUCCUUAUGGACAAUCCUGACCUUCAGAAAAUUCCAAUCUCAGCUGACACAGUUAAUCCAGGUAAAGAAAAAGUAGGAACGAAGGACUUUGAACUGCUUAAAGUGUUGGGAAAAGGCGGAUAUGGGAAAGUCUUCCAGGUUCGUAAAUGCACCGGACAGGAUAAGGGAAAAAUCUUUGCAAUGAAGGUGCUUAAAAAGGCGACCGUCGUACGAAACCAAAAGGAUACGGCUCACACGAAAGCCGAAAGAAACAUUCUUGAAGUUGUGAAACAUCCAUUCAUCGUCGACUUGAUCUACGCGUUUCAAACGGAUGGGAAACUUUAUCUAAUUCUCGAGUACUUAUCUGGGGGUGAGCUUUUCAUGCACCUUGAACGAGAAGGUAUUUUUCUCGAGGAUACGGCGUGUUUUUAUUUAGCGGAAAUUACCUGCGCGCUCGAACAUCUACACAGAGAAGGUAUCAUUUAUCGAGACCUGAAGCCGGAGAACAUCUUAUUGGAUGCCGAUGGCCAUGUCAAGUUAACCGAUUUCGGUUUGUGUAAAGAGUCGAUUCAGGAGGGUGACAUGACGAAUACCUUCUGCGGCACAAUCGAAUACAUGGCGCCAGAAAUUCUUAUGAGAACCGGCCAUGCCAAGGCUGUCGACUGGUGGUCACUGGGUGCCUUGAUGUAUGAUAUGCUAACGGGAGCUCCUCCAUUUACCGCGGAGAACCGCAAGAAGACUAUUGAAAAGAUCCUUCGAUGCAAGCUCAAUCUUCCGCCGUACCUUACCCCAGACGCAAAGGACUUGCUGCGGCGGCUUCUUAGACGACAGGUCACACAGCGAUUGGGUGCAGGUCCAGGCGAUGCUGAGGAGAUCAAGUCUCAUCCGUUCUUUAAAAACUGCACGUGGGAACGAGUGACAUCGCGAAGUACGGAACCACCAUACAAGCCGCCAUUGACAAGCGAGGACGACACAUCCCAGUUUGAUACGAAGUUCACCAAGCAGACCCCUAUUGAUUCUCCGGAUGACGGAAAUAUGCUCUCAGACUCCGUUAAUCAGGCGUUUAUAGGCUUCACGUACGUAGCCCCAUCCGUCUUUGAAGAGCUACGAAACCAGGCGGAGCCUUAUGUAGUUCGUGCGCGAUCGCCUCGGAAGGGUGGAAUGACAUUCUCGAUAGCGCAAUCCCAACCAGGUAGCAUCGACGAAGAGGCUAUGGACACAUCGAGUGGACUGGUGAUACCGAUUCAACAACAAAACCAAUAUUUACAAAAUCAACACCACCAUAGUCAACAGCAGCGACGCAAGCCUCCGCGUCCGAAUGAAUGAAACGUCUACAGUAGAACCAGAGCUAUAUUACUAUUAAUAAUAAUUAUUACGAUAUUAAUAAUAGUUAUUACUAUAUAUGUAAUGUUUACUGUUUUACAAUGAGUUUCCAUGCGAGAAAGGACGAUAGAAAAAGGCCAGUCAUACUAUACAUUCACAACAUGCGCGAACAUACAGAUUCCCAAAUACAUACAUACACAAUAUAAAUACAAUUAUUGAGAGAGUAUUAUUAUUAGUUGUUGUACAGUAGGUACACACCGAUGUUUGGGCGCCGUUUGUGCAAGCGUCACACGUCAGCGUAGACAAUGUAAGAAGAAUAUAUCUGCAAAAUUUCAAAAGCGUGAAAGGGGCGCGCCGGCCCACAAAGUUACAGAGGUGUCCUUUAAACUAUCUAAUUUUUGUACCCUCUUUCAAGAAAGCGGACGGCACCUUAAGGGGGAGUGUGUCGGCCUAAGUGACUUACAAAUGAAGAGGCACGAGGUCUGCCAGCAGGGCUAUGAAAACGCUGUACUACACCCCCUCUUAUUGGAGAAGGAGAAAGCCUUGGGGGUGGCCGUUGUCGGAUUGGGUGCCUAGUUAAAUGGGCAAGCGAAAAUGAAAACUCCAUCGAUCAGUAAUAUAGCACACAAUGGUGUAGAAUACAUUAAGUGGCGUUGUGGAAAAAACAGGCAGCCUUUUCGGAAAGUGCGGACAAAUACCUACUUUCACCAAUAAAAUCGAAGAAUUGUUUUGUAUUGACUAUUGUUGUCAGAUCCUCGAACUGUGUGUUACAGCCAUUAAUACGGCGAUAUACAGAAAGAAGUCAGUCGCUCAGAGAUUUAGAUGGAAAAAUUUUACAAAUGCAGUCAGCUAACCUUUGGUAAACAGUUAUGCAAUAGUUUUAUGUUCUGGUGACAAGCAGCUAGCUCGCCCAUGCCUUUUCUGUUUACAUGAUCAAUGUUGUAUGCUGUUUUUAAGCUCCUAAGCAGACAUUUGAGCAGCAUAUAUUCCAUUAGCACGAGCAACGCCUACUUCUGCCUGUAAUUGUUUCACCUCAUUUGGUAUAAACCUGUUCUUCGAGACUGAGCGAAUCUAUGCAUGACAUGCGAUGAAGUAUUUGAUGGGUCAUCAAGGCCAGGACAUCUGAGACGGAAACGUUGUGAGAGGCACUUUGCAUUACUGACGCUUCUAAUUUUGCGGCUCGCUUUGAUAAUUAUCGUUGAUUUGAAGGUCAACGUCGAAAAACAUAUGUUCUUUAACUUUCUCUAGCUCGUAUUGUCUAGCAGGCGCAGCUCUUCAUAGCUAUCGCUCUCUUUCUUUGGUACGGUGAUAGCAUGGAUUUUCGCGGUGUUGUUCCACUAAACGUAAAAUUACAGCAUUUAUUACGUGUUUCAAAAAAAAAAAAAAAAAAAA